AACUGGUCACUUCGUUUUUGAAAUAGCCAUUGCCGGCAGCCAAGCCCCUUCCGCACAAGGAGGAUGAAGAAGACAAUUUCCUGCAGGGCUGCGACGGUGGCUUUGGCGGCCUUGUGUUUGUUUUUCAUCGUGUUCGAAAUCAGCGUCUCUUCAACCUCCAGAUUUCUUAAAUAUGCUGCUACUACUACUACUACAUAUUCAGCCAAGACUCAAGAGGAAGGGAAUCAUGAAAAAACGAAACUGAUCGAUCAGCCAAACUCUCACCCUUCAGAAUACUUGCAACUUCCUGUGAAAAGACGAAUCAUCUGCGACCGUACUGAUGUACGCUAUGAUCUUUGUUCAAUCAACGGUCCAACUGUCUUGGACCCACCCACCUCCACAUUCUUCACUAUGGGCUCGGCCCAACCCCCACAGGUGGAAAAAGUCCAGCCCUACCCUCGAAAGUUCGAAGGCUUCAUAAUGCCUCACAUCAGGAACCUCACCCUCACUUCCGGCCCACAAAGCCCACCAUGUAAGGUCCGGCACAGUGUUCCGGCCCUAGUAUUCAGUGCGGGAGGGUACACCGGAAACUUCUUCCAUGAUUUCAACGACGGGUUCAUUCCUCUCUUCAUCACCGUCAACACAAUCUUCCCUGAUCAAGAGAUCGUGAUCGUGGUUUCCGAAGCUCCCAAUUGGUGGCCUAGUAAGUAUGCAGAUCUACUAGCCAUGUUCACCAAGUACCCUAUCAUUAUCCUAAAAAAUGCUACUACCACCCAUUGUUUUCCUUCAGCCACCAUAGGCCUCAUCUCGCAUGGUUUCAUGACCAUAAACCAAACUUUACUACCAAAACCAAAAUCGUUCAUGGAUUUUCGGGUCCUCCUAGAAAAGGCCUAUGGCCCAAAAGCCCAGCCCAAAGUCUUGACAUCCAAGCCCACAAGGUCACGCCCGAGACUCGUGUUGGCCAACCGCGAAAUGGCACACGGGCGCGUGAUUAUGAACCAAAAACAAUUGAUUAGGUUAAUUAAGAAAGUGGGUUUUGAAUUGAUUGUGUUUAAUCCCAAGAGGAUGACCCCGUUGCAUGAAUCUUAUGCGUUAUUGAAUUCGAGCCAUGCUAUGAUCGGGGUCCAUGGAGCCGCAUUGACGCACUCUUUUUUUCUUCGACCCGGUUCUGUGUUUGUUCAAGUGGUUCCGAUUGGGAUUGAAUGGGGUGCAUAUGCUUUUUUUGGGAGGAUGGCUAGGUCUUUGGAUUUGGAAUAUUCGGAGUAUAAGAUUGGUGUGAACGAGAGUAGCUUGGCCGACAAGUACGGGAAGGAAAAUUUGUUGGUAAAGGACCCAUUUGCCCUUCAGAAAACAGGUUGGCCACCUGAGGUUAUGAACAUUUACCUCAAGGAGCAAAACGUCAAACUGGAUUUGGAAAGAUUUAAGAGUUGUUUGAAGAAGGCUUAUACAAAGGCUACCAGAUUUAUGGAGAAAAAUGGUUAAUUAGUUUUAUUUUUUAAAUUUUUUUCUGUCAAGGUAUUAACUGCCCAGCUUGUAUUUUUGUUUUCAUCUGAAAUAAUAUUUGAUUGAGUGUUUAA